UGCCGGGCUUGUACGGAGCAUGCGUGGAAUCGUUAAUCGCGGUUGAGGGAUGUUUCUUUUGUUUUCGCUCAGAAAAUGGACUGACUGUGGUGAAUAUUGUAAAAUUACUUCACUGGAUAAUACAUGGGGAUUUGCGGACAAGAAACAGAAACUAAACAUCAUAUGAAAAUCUGACAGGAAGCAAGUGAUUUUAUCAUCGGCCUUUGAAAACCAGUUUCACAGGGUGUUAAAUGGAGAGGAUUUGUAGUUUGGAAACUGAAACCAAACACCACUUCUGGAUCUGAUGGAGUUGGACAAUUUACUUGAACCUCAAUAUCAUCGGGUUUUGAACAUGGAGGGAAUAAGCGCCGUUCACAGUGGGGAGAAACCGUACACAUGUUCUGCGUGUGGACGAGGCUUUAGCCAAUCAUCUGGCCUAUCAAGACACAAAUGCAGUCACACUGGAGAGAAACCAUGGAAAUGUGGGGACUGUGGGAAGGGAUACAGAUCCCCAUCAAAGCUGGAAACUCAUCGACGCAGUCACACAGGGGAGAGACCAUUCACCUGUUCCACAUGUGGGAAGGGACUAACUCAGUUAUCCAGCCUGCUGGCACACCAGCGAGUUCACACUGAUGAGAGACCAUUUACCUGCUCAGACUGUGGGAAGGGCUAUAAGAGUUCUGGGGACCUGAUCUGCCAUCAACGUCUUCACACCGAAGAGAGACCUUUCAGGUGCUCUCACUGUGGCACUGGCUUCAGGCGAUCAGCUCAUCUCAUUGUACAUCAGCGAGUUCACACUGGGGAGAAACCAUUCAUCUGCUCUGUAUGUGGAAAGGGAUUUACACAGACUUCCACCCUGCUGACACAUCAGCUAGUUCACACUGGGGAGAGACCAUUCACCUGCUCCACAUGUUGGAGAGGAUUCACAACCUCAUCCCACCUGUUGAGACACCAGCGAGUUCACAAGUAAUGACAGUGAUUGGAUUGUGGUGCUAAUCGCAUCCAGGACUAAAUCAUGUUUAUCAGAGUCUACGUCUGGAGAUGUUAUUAGACUUCAACCCUGUUACACAAGUUAAUAUUCUAGAUGAAGGUCAAAUAAACCAGCUUUCUGUGA